UCAAAUCAACAUUUAAAGCUCAUAGCACUUCUUGUGGCUCUGUCUAUAAGCCUCUUGAUUGCUUUCACCUCUCUACUUUCAUAACAAACAGAAAACAAAUCAAUUAUGUCUUUUGUUGCAAUCUUGGCCAUCAAGAGUUUUGAUUGUGCGUUCGCAUGUGUUGAAUAUGUGGUAGAUAGUUCUCAGGCGGCAUUUGCUGAGAAUGGAGGUGAUGACGAUGACAGUGGCUACGAUUAUGCUCCUGCUGCCUGAUUUUUCUAUUUAAAAUAAUAUGUAAUUUAGGAAGAAAAAAAAGAUAUGAUAAGGUAAUUUAGAUAUAUAGCUAGGCCAUGUAGGUACUAUAUAGUGGGGUGAGGCUUUUUAGAUGAACACACAUGGUUUCUAUAAUGUAGAGAAUUAUGUCUUCCUUUAACAUAGUCACUUUUUUGUCUCUUAGUUUUGUAAGUUAAUUUAACAUUUCAUAUAACUAAAUAAUAUUGUUGGUUUCCUGAA